UGCUGUUUUGCGGUGUGACGCGGGAGAAGUUGCAGGUUGGUCGCGAGAAGAUGAAACUUUGAUCAAAAUUUGGAGGACAAAACGCUGCUGCUGACGUCAUCAUGGCUCUAGAGGCUCAGGUUCUUUACGACUUCAACGCCGAACCGGGAAACAACGAGCUGUCCGUCCGCCAGGGGGAGACGGUCAUCGUGCUCGACCAGACUGUGGGAGGAGGCUGGAUUGAAGCCCAGGACUCCAGCGGGAGGACCGGCCUUGUACCUGAGGGAUACUUACAGGUCACUGGUGAUGGUGUAGGAGGCGGGGAAUCCUGGUCAGAAGGCGGGGCUUUAGUCAGUAAAACAACAGCAGGAUGGGAUGGUCGGGGGUUAAACACUCAAGCAGAGGUCGAGGAUGAUGACAGCGAAUGGGAUGAUGACUGGGAUGACCAAUCAAUGGGUGGUUACCAUGGCGACGAUAAGGUGGAGGAGGGUGGCGCUUCAGGACUGAGCACCAGCACCUCCACUGUGAAGAUCUCCUUAAACAACAGGUUUCCGUUCUCCAAAGGUCCGAGUCCAGAGGUCUUCUUGUUAGCUAAACCUCCUGCUCACUGCAGAGACAGAUUUCCUGUCUACAUUGAAGAUGUGGGUCCAGUGUGGCUGUACCCAUCGGUUCCUUUGGACUGUUUGAUCGCUGAUCCCAAGAAAGAAUCCAAACUGUACGGCCUGAAGAGCUUCAUUGAGUAUCAGAUCACCCCCAACACUACUUCCAGACCUGUCAAUCAUCGCUAUAAGCACUUUGAUUGGCUGUAUGAACGUCUGCUGGAGAAGUUUGGCUCAGCUCUGCCUAUCCCCCCUCUGCCUGACAAACAGGUCACAGGCCGCUUCGAAGACGACUUCAUCAGGAUGAGGAUGGAGCAGCUGCAGGCAUGGAUGACUCGGAUGUGCCGUCACCCUGUGGUCUCUCAGAGCGACGUCUUUCAGCUCUUCCUCACCUAUGGAGACGAGAAGGAGUGGAAGGCGGGAAAACGGAAGGCUGAGAGAGACGAGAUGGUGGGACCACUGAUCUUCAGUCUUGUUGAACCUGAAGCCGCUGAGCUUGAUGCUGCUGAGGUUGAGCAGAAGUGUGAACACUACAGUCGGUUCACGAGGUCGAUGGACGAUGGAGUCAGAGAGCUGCUGAAUGUUGGACACACACACUGGAAACGCUGCACUGGACCCCUGCCUAAAGAGUAUGAGAGGAUUGGUCGAGCCUUCAGGAACCUAUCGACUGUUUUCACCAGCAGCAGGUAUCCAGGGGAGGAGACUCUGACGGACGCUCUGACGGCUGCAGGUCAAACAUACGAGCACAUCGCAGAGAUCGUGGCUCAGCAGCCUCAGAAGGACCUUCACUUCCUGAUGGAGACAAACAGCGAGUACAGAGGCAUGCUGGGAAAUUUCCCAGAAAUCCUGGCUGUACACAAGGCUGCAGUGGAAAAGGUGAGAGAAUCCGAUCGUUUGGUUUCUGCAGGAAAAAUCAACAACAGCGAAAGAAAGUUCAUGAACCAACGACUGAGCAACAUGAGCUACUCACUGCAGGCUGAGAUGAACCAUUUUCAUAGCAACCGUAUCUAUGACUACAACAGAGUGAUGCAGCUCUACCUGCAGGAACAGGUGACCUUCUACCAGCAGAUCGCUGAUAAACUGAGAGCAGCUCUGAGCCGGUUCGCCACACUGUGAAGACCACGUGAGGAUGACAUCACUGAUGACAUCACAGCCACAGUUUGAUGAUUUUAAUGUGGAUUGUUCUUGAUGUGUUAAUAAACUUCUUUUUUGAUACGUUUGACUUUAGACUAAUUUAAAUAAAUGUCAUUAAAAGAAUGUUUAGAAGUC